AAAGGAGAGGGGGAGACUUUCAGAGGUGAAUCUUCAGGUACUGAGACUCUGAGCAGAUGCGCGCCGACCUUAGAGUCUCCAGGCGCGCAGCGGAGGAUUUUGCGCACUGGAAUCAAGUAGAGCUGAAGGAACGGUCUGCUUGACUGACCGCAGUCUUGGCACCGGCGGUACGGGACUCAUUUGGUAGCAUUUCACGGCGCACAGAGACAACUUCUUGCUCAAAUCGCUCCGGAUUUAAAAAGAAGAAAACUGUUCCGCGGGAUUUGAAACUUAGACAACUAAGUCGCUGUUUGAAGACGCCUCAUUAGAGGAAAUUCCAGCAUCCUGAGAGACGGGGACGUUAAAAGAGGAUUGUAGAACUCUUUGCUGGAUUGAACAGGAAGGAUUCCAGCGCGAGGUGAUAUCAGCGAUGUUUCAGCGGCAUGCGCGUCUUCUCCUCUCCAAGUCUUUCAGAGAGGAUUUAACCGCCGCUCAUCUUGAAUAAAACUGACGAGUCGCUGAAGAUGAGAGCCCUGCAAACAUUAUUGUUGUUUUUUCUCCUGCACCAGGUCGCAUGCAGGAAAGUGCAUGGAGGCGCCACAGAACUCAUCGAGUGGAGGGACAGUGAUAGCGAACAGAAGAUUUCUCCCACGGGGGUGAGACCGCGGAUUCUCAACCCCCUGCGUUUGUUUGCCAAGGGCUCCCCUGAGCUCAAGAGCAACAUGAGGGAAAUGACAUAUUUACAGAACAUGGAGGACUUUUGGGACUGGUUAUCUAACCAGACAGAUGUUCAGGGCGCACAGGCCAGAACUAAACGCAGACCCAUCGUGAAGACUGGCAAGUUCAAAAAGAUGUUUGGGUGGGGGGACUUCCACUCAAACAUCAAGACAGUCAAGCUCAACCUACUGAUCACAGGAAAGAUCGUGGACCACGGGAAUGGCACGUUUAGCGUUUACUUCCGGCACAACUCCACCGGAAUGGGGAACGUCUCUGUGAGCCUGGUGCCGCCUUCCAAAGUUGUGGAGUUCGAGAUCGCCCAGCAGUCAACACUGGAGACCAAAGACACCAAGUCCUUCAACUGUCGCAUUGAAUACGAGAAGACGGACCGCAACAAGAAGACCGCCCUGUGCAGCUUUGACCCGUCCAAGGUGUGCUAUCAGGAGCACACACAGAGCCACGUGUCAUGGCUGUGCUCAAAACCCUUCAAAGUCAUAUGCAUCUACAUUGCCUUUUAUAGUGUGGACUAUAAACUGGUGCAGAAGGUAUGCCCUGACUACAACUACCACAGCGACACACCUUACUCCUCCACAGGAUGACCUAGCUCUUAGCGUGCAACAGCCUUUGGUCUCUGUCCACAAAAUAACCCUGAACACCUGAGUCUGCUGACAGAAAGUCAACUCGAUCAGGGCAAACACACUUCAAAUAUUUGGAAAAAACCUCUGUAAAUAUAGCAGUUGUAUCCAGAAAAAAAAAACAGUUUGGUCUUUUGAGACUUGGUUUUAGGGGUUUGACAAAGUAAGAGGCAGUGCUAGCUCCCAACCCUGCGUAAAUCCUCAUCACAACAGCACAUGUUCGCUGAUGUAAUUAGUGUGUUGUCCAGAUGUUUUCUUCAAGGCUAGACCAUGGGCAAAAUGUUGCACCAAUUAAAAGUGCAAACCUGGGAUCUGGCAGUGCUGGAGCCAAAAAAUUGUGUCAGCUAAUUGAGAUAGUCAUCAUUUAACAUAUGACAAGAUUUUGAUCCAUCUUAAAAAAUUAUCUAAAAAAACUGUCAUUUAAAAAGGCAUACAAUAAUGAAAUGUUCAUGUAAGGAUACUGUAUUACAAAAACAGAGAAUGAAUAAAAAGUUUGACUUUGAACUAGAGCGGAUAUCUAUUUAUGCAUUUGGAAAAGUCAAAAAGGUUAGUCUUUUACUUCAAAAUUAUUCAAUAAGUGUCUCGAAGAUUUGAAUAAUUAUUAAUAUUUAGGAACAUCUUUUGUUAAAUUUUUUAUAUAUGUAUUAAUAUGAUCAAAAUUACUAAUUCAACUUAUUUCAGUGUACACAUGACAAAAUACACAGAUCAAUUGGAAGUUUAUAAUGCAUAUAAUGCCCUGCAAACAUUCUCAUACUGCUUGAAGUUUUCCACAUUCAGCUGCCUUGGAUCAAUUCCUUCUUGAACCUUCUUUCAAUGCAGUAGCAGCUGCAGGUCUUUUGGAGUGUCUACUAGCUUUGCAAAUCUAGAAUUCUUUUUUUCUGUGCUUAGAGCAUUUCUGGACCUUGACUGAGGAUUUCUAACACAUGAAUAUGUUGUGAUCCACAUCAUUUGACUCUAGAUCUGAUUAUAUGUUUAUGGCACUUGUCCUACUAGAAGGUGAACCUCCACCCCAGCCUCAGGUUUUCUUCAGCAUUGCCCAAUAUUCAUUUCCAUCCAUCUUCCCAUCAACUCUGAGCAGCUUCCCCACAGCAUGAUGUCGCCACCACCUUGUUUAAUAGUGUAAUUUAGGUUUAUGUCAAGAAGACAUUUUGCAUGUAGAUCACAGUAUAUUUUUUGUUGUAUAACCCUAAAGCUUCUGUCAAACUGCACAUGGAACCCCUUAAGAUUUUAUUUCAAAAAUGUCUUUCUUCUAAUUGCUCCUCCAUAAAGGCCAAAUUUGUGAACUAUACAGCUAAUAAUAAUAAUAAUAAUAAAUCCUUUUCCUCUAUGUGGUUAACCUUAAAGGGUGAUGAGUGGGCUUUUGCUCGACAGGUCGCCAAUCCAUCAUACAAACACACAGAGACAAACAAGUCAAACAACCCCGCAUGCACACAUUCACUUAUGACGGUAAUUUAGAGCAAACAAAUAACCUUAUAUGCAGUUUUAGACUGCAGGAGGAACCCAGAGUAUCCAUGCAAAACCCACACACAGAGCAAUCAAGUGCUGCGCCAGUGUUCACCCUAAGUAAUACUAAUAGUUAUAAUGCUUUUAACAUAUUCUCGCUCCUGAGCUGUGUAUCUCUGAAAUCAGUUGCUAUGUUACCACUGGUCUGUCCUACUGUUUUUGUAACAUCUGAAGCAAAUUGAUUGCACUGGAUUUCUUUAGGGGUAUCAGAGUAAAGGAGACCAAAUAUAGAUGCAGACAGUACUUUUGAGAAUUCUUUUUAAAAACAAAAUACAGUUUCUUUCCUAUGUUAGUUAUGCACUACUUUUUUAAAGAUUCUACUUCACUUAAAAUCUCUAUAAAAUACACAAAUAUUUGUCUUUACAAUGUGAGAAAAUGUGGAAAACUCCAAGGGGUAUAAAUACUUUUGCCAGGCGCUAUUAUGUAUUUCAGUUCUCCUGUGUUGAUUGCUGCAAUUAUCCCAAGGCAUGUGUGUGCUAAACUGGUCUGAAAUCCAACAUCUGUGUUUGCAGGAUGCACUUUGAGGCAGCAGCCUGCCGAGCGAGCCAUGCAGUGGAUUAAUGUGUCAGGAGAGGAGGGGAGGGGGAUGCAAUAAUUGCAGGACAGGUGGAUUUAGUGAGUCUGGCAGACAAUUAUCAGCACUUUGUCAUGGUCCUGCUACCAGCCCUGACAUUACCUGUCUUUAAUAGGCUUUAAUUAGCCUGGGAAUUUCUAUUCACCAAGAGGAGAGAGACUGAAAAAGGAAAGAUAAUGGGCAGAAGUUGGAAAAAAAAAACUUGUCUGUGAUUUCAAGAAGUGGGAAUAUAUUUGAAAAAAGAAAAAUCUGGCUUUUUCCCAAAUGUACAGCAAGCUUAAGCUGGCAGACUUAAAGUGGAAAAGAAGCAGUUUAGCAGUACACGGUGUAAUGUGCUUUGACAUUGCAAUCACCCAGACAGUUUUAAAAGGUUUCGUUGAAAAGCACCAUCACACGGAAAGCUGUAGAUUGCAUUGCUUGCACACAUCCCGGGUUUUAGGUUAGGGCAUGUGCCACAGAUGACACUGCAAUUAUUUCAGUCGAUGCUACUUCAUGGUCCCAUCAUCUGUAAAUGAUCCUGUCACCUUGUUGGUCAGGUGAGGUGUAUGAUAAAUCAGAGUCAAUCUACAGUGAAAUGAUAUUUUUAGUUUUACUCCUCGUGUCAAUGCUGUGUACUACUUGUAACUACAACCAGACGUGUUUAAUUAUGGCUUCAAAGUAAAUUAUGUCAGUUUAUUUCAGUUUUUCCUUAAGGAUAUUUCACAACGUGUACCCCUCCUCAUUUCUGGUGUUUUAUCAUGAUUAUCAUGUACAUAAAUGUUUAAAUUAUUGCCAACUGUUACAUAUCGCUUUAUUUCCCCAUUUCUGUGUUUUACAUUGGUCCUGUUUUGAUUACCUGCUUGGGUAAACUUGCUUAAAAAUCUCUCCUGUAAAAUAGGAAAAAAAAUGUCAGUGUGUGGCGUGAUUGCACAUGUUCAUUUUCACAGGAAGUUCAUUUUGUUAACAUUUAAUGGUUGAAGAUCACUUUAAAUCUUUAUGGCAUUAAACCUUAUAAGAAAUUGGCUCCCCA